AUGGAGUACAUGGGGAUAGAUAUAAGCUGUGCGUUGGGAUCUCUUCGCGACGGAAAAUUUCCCGACAAGGAUUGCUUGCUUCCACUCAUCUCCAAGCUACUCGGCUAUGCCAUCGUCGCUGCUUCUACCACCGUCAAGCUCCCUCAGAUAAUGAAAAUCUUAAAGCAUAAAAGUGUGAGAGGGCUUAGUGUUCCUGCCUUUGAGUUGGAAGUGAUCGGUUAUACUAUAGCUCUGGCUUAUAGCGUUCACAAGGGUCUUCCCUUCUCUGCUUUUGGGGAAUAUGUGUUUCUUCUCGUUCAGGCAAUUAUCUUAGUGUCUAUAAUACACUACUAUUCACAACCUCUGGGGGCUGCAACAUGGAUCAGAGCAUCAUUAUAUUGUGCUAUAGCUCCUACUGUUUUAGCUGGUCAAGUUGAUCCUGUCCUUUUUGAAGCUCUUUAUGCAGGGAUGCAUGCGAUUUUUCUUUGUGCCCGAGUUCCGCAGAUAUGGCAGAACUUCUCUAAUAAAAGCACUGGAGAGCUCAGCUUCUUAACAUGUUUUAUGAAUUUUGGUGGUUCCAUGGUGAGAGUCUUCACCAGCAUCCAGGAAAAUGCACCAACGAGUGUUAUAUUGGGCUCUGUCAUUGGCAUUGUGACAAAUGGUACCAUCUUAAGUCAGAUAAUUCUGUAUCGCAAGCCAGAGGCUGGAAAGGAGAAGAAAGUGAAGUAAGAAGAUACCCGACAUGGCUACAUUGCUUCGACUAGAGAGUUAUAUAGGUGCUGCAAGCGAGCCAACGUCGGGAUUGUCUAUGCUCGAAAGAAAAUCGAGGUCAUCUAUCUAUCAUUAGUCUUUCAUACUUAUUUCAAGUUUCAAUGAUUUGUUGCAAAUUGGGCAAGCUUGCUGUAUUCAUUAAUACAUGAAAGGAAAGCCAACAGUUUAUUUACGCCACAAGACGUAUUCGAGGUUAGAUGAAUUUUUGGCGCCCAUGGUGAAUUCACUCUGCAUUCUUCAUACUCUCUUAUAUAUGUUUUUCAUAAUCUACUCUCUUAUAUUAGUCUGCUUCA